AUGCGUGCCGCAAUUAUCUUUUUGAUUCUUGCGUGUUUUUGUUGUGGCGUAAUGUGCGGUAGUUGUAGAGAAGCUAAACUUUGUUGUACAGGGAGAGAUUCUUCCUGCGUUGUACAAAAAGCUCCUGUUAAUGCGAUCAUUGAGGACUUGAGCGAUAAACCUUGCUAUUGUGACCAUGCCUGCUUGAAGUUGGGAGACUGCUGCUCAGAUUUUAAAGAUGCUUGUGGAGGUUAG